AUGUCCCAAGCUCAUACUGAUCCCGGCAAGAAAUGUCGCCUAGCAGAACUCGUACAAUAUACAUGCAAUAUUGACACAAUCGACGAGGGCGUGCCCCGCCUGCACUGCUAUCCCAUUCUCCGAAUAUUCAGGAUGUGUCCUAACAGACCAGCCGUCGAGAUCACCAAACUUGUGAACUUUGAUCCCGCAACUGGGAAAGUCGAAAUCCCACCCGAAGCAAGCCAAGUACUGCCUAAAGGGAAGCCGUGGCGCGACGUUGCUCGCUAUGAACAAAAAUUAGACGGCCAGUCUGGCCCGGAGACGAAGGUCUCUGGCUUGCCAUGAGCUAGAGGCGUUUCGAUGUGGCUCAGUAUCCUCUGUCUAAGAGGCAUAUAUACGCACUCAGGUGGGGUCGCAACCAGUGUCCAUGGGUCUAUUAUGAUGUCUAUUACUUUACAAGAACAGGAUACAAUUGCUAUUCGCUUAUGCGUAAUUAUGAAAUAAAGGAGAGGAAGGAAACAUGUCUAGCUAGGUAUAGUAUUACAGGGUAUAAACAGGAAAGCAAUGACUGGACGACGGAUAGCUAAUGCAACAAUGAAUGGAGGAGCGUUAUUGAUAACAUCCGGCAAUGCAAGGUAAUGGGCGAAACAUUUGUGCUUGGUAUAAUAAGACAACAGACCGAAGUUGAAGUUUCUCGAAUGAACCAUCCUGAUCAGCUCUCUAGCUGCAGAAUUUUAGCGGCGCUCAUCAGGCCUCCUCCUGGACGCCGACACCCCCG